CUUGGGUCCGGUUUUGUGCUCCGUCCUCAUUUAUAAGAGCUGUUCAUGUGACUCGAGCAUAUAAAUUUGAACCAUAUUUGGGCUUAAAAAAGAAAUGAUCCCCCCCCUCUUUAAGCAUUUUUUAUUCUCUGGCGACACCCAACACACUUGAAGGAAACUGCAUCCGUGAUGUCAUCCUGACAACUUGUUGCUGCGGGUUUCUUCUUGCAUCUUGUGACCAAAGCAAGUCAGAUUUAUAUGCAGGUAUAUCCUUUUUAAACUUUAUGUAUAAAAAAAAUGACAACGUGAGGAUGAUGUCUUGCCUGCUUACUGUUAAAUGGCAGCAUUAUAUUUGAUAUUUAUGUGUCAUCUGCGGCACCAAACCUUCCUGGACUGAUCUGACCCGUUGGACAAGCGUCUGAGACUUUUAUGGGCACACCGACGUCAGGGACUGCGCUUCACCGUGAAGAUGGCGGAGGCUGCGGACAGACCACUACACCGGUUUUUCUGUCACUGCUGUAAAUGUGAAACAAACCCCAAACUCCCGGAUUUCGUCUGCCCCAGGUGUGAAUCUGGCUUCAUUGAGGAGGUGACAGAAGACUCCAGCCUCCUGGAGAACAACACAUCAGGGGCUGGUGACGAUUCAAACUCAUUGUUCUCAGAAUUAUGGCAGCUGCUGUUUAUGGAGCGCUCUGCCCUGCUGUCUCAUCCGCCCUCCUCAGAGUCCAACCCAGAUGACAGUGAGCAGGUAUCUGCUGGUCAGAGCCGUCGUUCACCGGUGUCACCAGAAGCUGCUGAGGUCCGAGAACCAGAGGCGUCUUCUCAACCUGAGCAGGAGAGAUUGACCCGGCCAGAACAAAGGCCUCCAGUGGAAGGGAUCGUGCAGCAGUUCUUGGCCGGCUUGUUUGCCAACAAUGGAAACCCCGGUGCUGCACCAGCUGCACUAUCCAACAUGCUACAGUUGCACUCAAACCCUGGAGAUUAUGCAUGGGGUCAGGGAGGUCUGGAUGCUGUCAUCACAGAGUUGUUAGGACAGUUAGAGAACACAGGUCCACCCCCUGCUGAAAAGGAGAUGAUCUCAUCGCUGCCUACAGUUUGCAUCUCUCAAGAACAGACAGCCUGCAGACUGGAGUGUCCAGUUUGCAGGGAGGAGUAUUCGUCAGGGGAAUCGGUCAGGAAACUUCCCUGCCUCCAUUACUUCCACAGUGAAUGUAUAGUGCCUUGGCUUGAGCUGCAUGAUACCUGCCCAGUUUGCCGCAAAAGCCUCGAUGGCGUCGACAACAGCCUCCCGCCCGCAUCAGAUCCCUUAGAAGCUCGCUCCAUCAGGACGGAGCAACAGGAGAGGCAGGCGAUCUGAGAAACGGGCCAAGCAACUCUACCUCCUUUACUGUUUUUCAAAAGACACGCUUCUUUCUUGCCUCAGACCUCAGUUUUCCCUCCACACUGACUGCUUUUUAGAUAAAAAUAUACAUUACACGCAUCACAAUCACAACUUGCAUCUUAAACUCUUGAUUCACGCAUCUCUGCUAAGGACCUUUAUGUGUUUUUUUUUUUUGUUUUUUCUUUUUCUUCUCCAAAAUAUUCUCCAUUUUCAAGCUACACUACACACUAAAGGACCCGGCAAUCUGCUGACAAGAUGUGGAGGCUGAUGUGUCCUUCUUGCUACACUGCCCCCCUCAUAGGUGGUUUUCUGAAUGGCUGAUUCAGAUGAACUAAUCACCGCUGAGCAACUGGUUGUUAUCAAAAAUUACGGGGAUUCACAGAGUUAUGAAGUAUCACUUUUGUACCAAGACUGUUGGUUAGAACAAUUUCUCAGUACUUCUGAACGUUGACCUUUUUCCACCCAAUUUGAUUCAGCGUCGUCCUCCUCUUUAUGUAAAGCUGUUAUUAAAGCCUAACCCUGUGAUCCUCAA